GACGUCCUGGAGGACAGCCGAUCCGGUGACGAGGGCUGAAUAUUACCAGCGCACGACACCGAAGACAAAAAAUAAAAAACCGACGCCUGUGAAAGGAUUUGCAGUAAAAUACAGAAUGUAAGAGAGAUCGGACGAGCCCCUUCUGGAAACAGGUUUCUUUGUGCAGCUCUCUUCAGGGGAAUUCCUUAAUUUUUGCAUGUAUUGGUUAAUGAUGAGACCAACAGAAUUCCAUGCUUGUGUGGCUAUCUUGGCCACCCUCAUCUGCUUACCAGGACUGAGAUUGUCUGCCAUUCAGAAACGACAUAGAAGGAACAUACAAAUAUCUGAGGUUUCCACAGCAAAGCCAGAAAGCAUCACAGGCUAUAAUGAAAACAAUUAUGGGAUGAAAAAUGAUACAUUGCUAAACGGAGAAACAGCAAGUUCCACUGCUUCUAGUAAUAUUUUAAGGCCUACAUUAGGGGCAUUAACUGCGUCAAUAAAUCCUAGCAUUGCCCAUGUAGGAGAAACAAAACAAACCAAUAAGGCAGAAAAUGAAAAUGUAAUCUCCGUGACUAGCCUUGACAUAUUACCUACAACUACAACAGUGGUGCCAUUUCAGAAACCAUUCAGUACAAGUACAAAGGAAGCUGACUGGAACAAAACUCUACAGUCUAAACAGAAAGACUUUGUAACAAUCUUAACGACAAAAUCAUCUUCUAAUCCUGGCAUUGAUGCCACUGGAGUUAACAAUAUUGUUUACACGACAACAGGAGCAAAACAGAACGAUGCAGCCACUCAUGAUAAAGACAGAACUGAAGGAACAAUGAAGAAUAAGAAACAAGUGCCAGAGCCAGUUACAAUUUCAACUGUAUUUGGUGGGGUCCACCAAAAUGAAAGCAGUGGUGUGACAACGGGGACAACUGAUUCUAGCAGUGAAAACUUUACACUGAAUAGUCAUGACACCACAGCAUUGCCUCUUACAAGCAAAACAGUUCUUACUGUAAAUACAACACAAAAAGAUGUCAAUGUAUUGACUUCAGAAGUGUUAAAUUCCUCAGAAUUUACAAAUGCAAAUGUCGAAGGUUUCAGGAAUGAAGAAAUAACAACAACAACAACAACAGUAAUCAAUGAACCAGAAGGUAGUUACUUCAGCUGGAAAGCAAACAGUCCAAAUGCUGAUAAAGAAAUGAAUGAAAUCAUGGCAACUACAAUGGGUGCAGUAACAGACAGCAAAGCACCCAAUACAUUUCAGGUGACUACGACACCCAGAGUUACAACAUCAAUCAAGGGAGCCACAAUGAUGGAGUCGGUCUCAUCAGCUUCUACAGAAACUGUGUUGAGAACAACUCAAACAAUGCAAGUAUUCAGCACAGCAGCUAUAAUUGGAACUACCAAAAAACCAUAUAAGGGAUUGAGUUCAAGGUUGGCAGUGACAAAUGGGAUUCCUGCUGUCAGAUCUACUUUGCCAACAACACAUCUCCCUCAGAAACAAGUCUCCGAAGCAGAAAACACAACUUCCACAAAAGAAAUGACACCUAUAACUCCUACUGAAAUGAUGCUGCCGAUUGCUGAAACAGCAAGCACAAAAAUAACCCAGGCAGUUACAACGGGCACCAACACAAGACAAACCAUAUCAUGGAAAACUAAGAAAACUUCUACAGUGGCAUCUGAUGUUACAGAUAGAACAAUGCUGCCAUUACUGACAACCAUUGCACCAUCAGUGGAACCCACAGUGCCACCAUCAAGUAUAGGUCAGCAACUUGAAUCAGAAGCUAUGACCAGUGCUACUGAUUUACCACAACAGGACUCAAAUACGUUUUCCUCUAUAGCAGCAUCGAGCACUGAAACCAACCACACAGCACUGCAGGCAUCUGCCACAAAAACAAUGGAAGUGAUGAAGGUUAAGUCUUCUAUCUCGUCACCUGUGCUAAGAGAUAACACAUGGCCCUCCUUAACAACAACUGUGGCUCCAUCUCUGAGUGACACAGAACCGCCAACGUAUAUGCUGGACACGGAGUCAAAAGAGGAAGAUGAUGAAGAUGACGAGGAAGACGAGGAGGAUGAAGAUGAUGAGGAAACUGACUCUGAUGAAGACAGCAUGGAGUAUGACAUGGAGGUGCCUUCACUGCCAUAUAUAACACCUGGAGGGCCCAUAAGAGACGACAGAAACUUGACAAAAGUGAUGGAGAUGUCAUAUCAGCUCCCAGAUUCCUUUGAGUGGAAUCAGCAUGAUCAAGGUACUAAGAAUCUGGUAAGAAGCUGGCUGGAGAAAAUCAAAGACAAAGCAGGUUAUAUGUCCGGGAUGCUAGUGCCUGUUGCUGUUGGUGUGGCUGGAGCACUCUUCAUUCUGGGAGCUCUCUAUAGCUUCAAGGUGAUGAACCGAAAGAGGAAAAAUGUUUUCAAAAGACGUGAAACAAAGCCUAAAGAUUUCACGAGCAUGCAAGAUCGGGUGAUGCUAUUAGCUGACAGUUCAGAAGAUGAGUUUUAAGUAUGAAUAAUGCUUCUUUGAUGCAAUAUGAAUAUCUGAAGCUGCACUGGAGUCAGGGGAUUUAGGAUGCCACUGCUUUUUGCUACUUGCUGUUUCCGUUUCAAGUGCUUUUUAUUUUAGUAUUGAGAAGUUAUUAAGAUUGCAAAUGUUACUUGUGAUAUGAUGUAAGGUCUUGUUUGAUAGAAAUUUACUUCACAGGAGCAGCCUCACUUUGAUUUCCCUAUAAAUUCAUUCUGAAGAUUUGGAAUGUGACCAGAUGUUAUGUGAUAAUGUUGCUAUAGCCAAUAAUUGCUUGGUUGCUGUAAUUUCAAAACUGCAAUUUUUGCUUUUUGUUACCAAAAUUCUGUCAAUGCUUUGGAGACCAUGUUGCCAAGGGAUAUGGUUUCCUUAAACAGUCUUUAUCAAGUCAGUAAUGAAUUUUGUAACAAUGUUAAGCAAUGCCUAUCCAACUCUUUAUUUUUUCUACAUUGGUAUAAAGUUCACACAAGAGGCCACAGAUGACUCCAUGAGCAUGUUGCCAAUAUUUCUCAGAGGCAACAUCAGAUUGUUAAUUUCUUUUCAGAGUGGAAACCCCUCAACAGUAGAAGAGAUAAGAAUGAAUGGGAUUCAUUGCCUAACUAACAGGCAGGUUUGAUCAUUGGAUAGUCUUUAAUAUAGAUUGCAGGAUAAAUGUUCAGUGUGCGGUGCCUCUGUCCCACUGUUAAGCUUGAUAAAUGCUUCCUAACAAUGAAAUGUGCUGUGACUUAGAAGCUCAGGUCAUUAAAAAGUGCGGAGGAAAUGAGCUUCUGGGAUAAUCUUUCCAUCACUUCUGUGCACAUUCUCACAUGGACACAUCUGCAUCCAAUGUUGGCAAUACUCAAAAUGCCCAUGGCUCCUUAGCAUCUGCAAACUUGCAUCUCAUCAACAGAAAGGUGCCUUGUUGGUGUUUGUUAAAAAUAGUUAUAGAACCGUGGACAACAAUGAAUAUGGUGUAAUGACAAUAUGAAGUAGAACCCAUUUGUCACUACUUGUCAAUAGCCAAAACUUUCAGCAAAUGCCAUGAUUUUUUAAAAAUAAUUUUAUAUCAAUGAUUUCUUCUAACAUAUUUUCUUCUUUAAACAGCAUUUAAUCCCACAUGUAAUGCCAAAUUUGAUAUAAAUUAGGUAGGAAAAGGUAACAAAGUGAAAUAAAAAGUAUGGAUGAUUGUAAUUCUUGCAAAGAAGUCGAUACAGUUAAAAUCACAUUGGAUUUGAUGGUGUUUGGACCUUUAAUGAAUUAAUUAGAUAAAUACAUGCAUUGCAAACAGAAUAAAAAUAUUUUGUCUAAUUACAUUCUCAUUGUCUUAUCAUAGUAGUCCAGAUGCAAGUGCCAUCAAAAUGUUCUUCAAACAUAUGUGGUACUAACUUCAUGCUGACUGGCAACUGGCUGCAAAAAUAGCUACAAAGCUAGCAGUGGGGAAGUUAAAAUUAUAUCCUGUGGAAGGGUGCGUUACUCUGGUCUGUGGCUAGGUGUUGAUCCUUGGCUGUCAUGUAGCGGGUAGGCAUCCUAUUUCACUGUCGGUUUAGUACAUUUGAAACUGAAAUAAUCAUCAAUAAUAUUUCUAAAGUCAUUGCACUCCUACAAAGUAAUUAAUCUUUUGAAAUGUUUGAGAUAUUUCAGUAUGAUAAGGUGCCAUAUAAAUGCAAGUAUGUAUUGUGCAUAUGUAUCCAGCUGCCUAGGUAACAGUUUGCUCAUCCAUCCUUGGACUGGUUAUAGGGAAACAUAUUGGAAAUAGGAGCUUAGCUUUUCCAUUCCCAGUGAAAUUAAAGUAAGAAUGGCUAGGAAUGAAGGCAAAGCUGGGAGAUGUUGAGUGUAUUGCUUGAAUGCAAUUUCCUGGGUCAGCUCAUUACCAUAAUUCUCAGUUCCAAGUGCAGCUUUGGUCUAAUUGGGAAUGUGGGGGAAUGCAAUGUAUAACUAUGAUUCAGGUCAAAUUUAAAAAAAAGAUAUGGACAUUUAAAAGUAAGUGGGAGCUUAGGGAGACUGAGAAUUCUUUAUGUGGAAAGCUUCUGAAGCUUUUGAACUCAUUGUAGCCUACGCCAAGGCUGAAGGGAAGGGGGGAAAGAAGUGACAUGCAAAAAAAAAAAAAUGUGUACAUGACUUGCUUUCAUGUCAAAAUGACUUGUUUGCAAUUUUAUUUAAAUUUUAUAAUCAUCCUCCUGCCUGUUUUAGGCAUGAAGUG